AUAUGUGUUUUACCAAAGCAAAUUUUAAGUGUUACGUUUUUAAUUCUGAUUUCAUAUCCUAUAACAAUAAAAAGUAAAAUUUGUGAAAAAUCAAUGUAAUUUGUAUAAUGAUAUAAUGUUCAAUAUUAGGUAUUAAAGAAAAAUACUCCUAUGUGUUCUAGAUAAAUGUAUGAAGAGAUUAUUUCCUCAUUAGUUAUGCAAAAGUUGUGGAAUGGCAGUCCAAAGCUGGAGAAUCUGUGGAAUUUCGGCUUCUGUUUUAAUAUAUAUCGGAGGAAUAAUUUUUCUUUCCAUGAAUAACAUACCAAGUAAUCACCGGAAAAGAAUGCGGAUCGAACGAUUUCCUGAAUUCUCAAAUUUUCUGCAUCGAAAAUAUACAGGUGCAAAUAGAAAAAUGACUAUUCGCUGGUGCACAGAACUUUCUUUUCAAAACACAAAUCUUCCCACUAAAAUUAUGGAUCCGACGUUGGAAUUAAGUUCUUCCAUAGAUACUGAUACAUUGCCUAAAGACGAAUUAUCUGGAUUAACAGCAUUAGCUUCCUUUCCUGGCAGUGGAAAUACUUGGUUAAGAUAUUUGAUACAGCAAUCCACAGGUAUACUAACCGGAAGUAUUUACAAAGAUUAUGGUCUUUUAAAAACUGGUUUUCCUGCCGAAAGUGUUUGUAACAGAUCAGUCCUAUUAGUUAAAACUCACGAAUGGGGGCCAAAUGCUUGGAAACCAUUUUCAAAAGCAAUAUUGCUGGUAAGAGAUCCGGAAAAAGCUAUAUUAGCUGAAUUUAAUCGACAAAGUGGUGGUCAUAUUGGAUUUGCAUCACCUGAUAGAUAUAAGAGAACGAAAGGAAAAUAUUGGCAGCAGUUUGUAACUAAUAAACUCAAAGGUUGGGAGUUAAUGAAUAUCAGCUGGGCACGAAAUUUUACAGGACAAGUAAAAGUUGUAUUUUACGACGAUUUAGUAAAUGAAAUUAAAAAUAUUUUAAGAGAAAUUUUAACUUUUUUAGAAUAUCCAAUAAAUGAGUCUUUAUUGAAUUGUGCAGUAAAGAGAAAAGAAGGUAUCUUCCGCAGAAGAAAACGUAUUCUAUCUUUUGAUCCUUAUACAGCAGCAAUGAAAGCAGAAAUAAAAACGAGAAAAGAAAUAGUUUAUGACAUUCUUGGAAGACAUAUCUAGGUCUGAACAAUUUUAGGAUAUAAAUUUAAUAAAAUAAUAUAUAUAUUAAUAAUCGUUCGUAAUUUUGGGUUUGUUAAUUUUAAAUCCUGCACAGGAAUUAAUUUGAAGAGGAAAUUAACAAUUAAUAUUUAU